CGGAAGUCCAGUCAACUCCAAACCCGGGUUCGCGACCACGACGCCGGUUUAUUGCACGGUGAAUUUUUUUUGAAGGUCGCCUCGCACCAGAGCUCACAAAUCUGUGCCCCCGAAUGAUCGCAUCAGCUCUGGCAUUAUCUCGAUAAGUUUCAUUCGGCCAACACAGCAUUUUCGGGACCUACAAUGGCUGUUGACCCGAGCCAGAACGUCCAUGGGGACUUGCUUCCGCAUGUCCACCUGUUGUCGACGUUCCGAUAUGCAUCAAUGCCGAGGGUCGAACUGUCCGAGGUAACCAAGUGGCUCUUGCAGGCGCCCAAGAUUGCCCGCGACACCGCGCCCUUUUACUGGACCUACCUUGAUUGCCCGGCAGAUGGUUCCAUAUUCCUGACUUGGCAGCCCACCGCUCGUCGGGGCACUGAGUUUGCCAGCGACGGGUAUGUGUGGGCAGGGCCCGAGGUCUCCUUUCAGCAGAACGCGGGCAACGGCUUGGUGCUCGAGAUCUAUUUCCAGAGGACGGGUUACCGCAUGGGCGAGCAGAUUGCGAUACAUUCCCGGCGGCGCUUCCGACUCUGCCCUCCCCAAGUGCCGGUUCCGAACGUGCCCCAGGUUGACCCCAACCUCUGGAUCGUCCACUACGGCCCAGCCGAGAAGUCCGACAGACUCCCCGUUAGCGCGAUUGGGAUACCGCCGGCAAUGCAGCCCAUCCUGAGCUUCCGUUCACACCUGUUCCAGAUGGGCCAGAUCGUCCGCAAGGAGUUCAUGUUGUCGGACCGCGUCAACUGGCCGCAGAUUCCCUUCCCUCAACGCGGCCAGUCAAUGUAUGCGCCGCCGAUCCCCCAACGCCAUGUCCCACAAACCAUGGCUUAUCCUCCUCACGGAGCACCGGCAGUUGGCCCGACGCCGAAGAGGAGGGGCGGGCAUGCUCCCGCGGGUCAUCAGGGCCAGAUGAUGGGUGCAGGCUUCCAGAGCAACGAGGCUGCUGCGUUCGACGACGAGGAGGAUGUUUCCCGCGGUGACAUGUUUGAUCAUUUGAGCCCGCGCGAGCUCAGCAUGGCUCGAUACCAGCAAAACCACGAGUGGAUGGAGGAGAUCCUCUCCUCACCGUACCGCAUCGGGCAGAUCGAGGCUUCGGAUCUUGGUCUUGGGCGGAAAGGCGAGCUGGCCUCACUCACCGAGGGCAUCUUCGAGGCGCAGGGGGCCGAUGCGCUAGUCUCGGGCCCCAAGAAGCCGUAUACUGGUCGCCUCGAUCCGGGCCUAGCGGCGCAGUUUCGCGAGCGUGUCAAGGCGCGAAAUGCCGCGGUAACUGAGGAGAUCAACCGGCUGAAAGCCCAACACGCGGAAACCGUGGCAAAGUUCAGAGGCAACGCCGCCAUCAAGCUCGCGGAACAAGAGCUACGCUCCGCCACAGAAGGCACCGGCAGCGAGAUCUGGCGGCUCGAGGGAAGGAUUGAGGAUGGCGAGGAAUCCAGCAGCAGCCAGUGGCAAGGAACGACCAAGUCGCUCGACGAAAUUGUCGCUCGUGUCGAGGAGUUGAUAGGCAAGCGCGCUGUCGCCGUCAGCGACGUUCACCGAGUACAAGACGGCGGGUAUCAGCAGCCGGCCCCUGACCCUGAGCCAGUUCAACCACAGCCCCAAGCGCCGGCGGCUUCCAACCCACCUGGCUCCAUGUCCCGGCAGCCUUCUCAGGCUGGGUCCGGCGUCAUGGUCGGUGACUCUGACGUCGACAUGGGCGGCACAGCCGCUGGCCUCCUCGACAUGCACAGCGGCUUCUCGUCCACCUCGACACCCAUCAACAGCUUCCCGACCCCACAACACCACCUUUCCGCCAUGCCCUCCGCCGCAGCCACCCCAUCCAACCUGAACGUGCCAUCCCCGGCGCCCGCCUCACAACCGCCGGCGCAAGCUCAACAGGACGUCCAGAUGGCCGACGCCGAAGCUCCCAAAGACAACACCGCCACCGCACCCGACCAGGGCACCGACAGCGGGGACUGGGCCGUCGUCCCCAAAAACGACGCCAUCCCCCCGGCGACGACCACCGCCUCCACAGCCCAACCGCCGCCAGCAACCACGACCGCGGCCCCCUCCACCGGCAACGCCACCAGCGUCGCGGGCGGCAGCGGUAACAAACCCGCCUCGGCAGCCGCCACGCCCGGCGGCCUUGAUAACAACGACUUCAGCUCGCUAGGCGAUCUAGAUACCGCCGGCGACGCGCUCGCCAGCUAUGAGCCGCCGAGUGGCGAUGAGCUCAACCUAGACCUGGAGGACUCGGCGUUUGGGGAUGCGUUUCACGGGGUCGAGCAGGCGGGGAGCGCCGGGGGGAGUACGCCUGCGGGUGAGGGUAUGUAGCCGGAGCGAGCUCAUCGAAACAUGAGCAAGGGUGGGGCAAUAAAAAAAGGAAUUUCUGUUUGUUUGAUUUGAUGGGAGAAUGGGCGUGGUGGGUUAUGCCUUUGUAUUGAUUCGGUUCAGUCGGUGAAACGGUUCGGAUAUUCGGGGCUCCUUUUAUUUUUUUUUUCUUUUUUUUUUAAAUCCACGGGAAGUAUUCCAAAGGGGCGUCAGAAACUGAUCUUUGCCUCCCAUAUGGAAGAUGGUGUUUUGUGUUCCUCGUAACCUGUUAAACUACGAUGUCUGCCCGAUUGCCUUUUUCUCACCCCGAUUACUCCUGCUUGAGAGAUGCAGUUCUACAAACCUCCCAACACCUGGGUGAUUUGCAAAUACUCACUCCGUUAUCAGCGCUGCUCCUCUCAGGACUAACCUAUUUCUUUAAUGUGGACGAUCGUCCACGGCAGAUC